UAAAAUGUAAAAGUAAAAUGUUGAAUGUAAAUGUUAAAUGAUCGCCGGGCUUAAUACUGAACAUUUAAGUGGACUCCACCCCCUAUUAUCUUAGAUCAGUGACACGGACUCAAACACCCCAAACUGUACGCAUAGCUCCGCCCACAUCUGACUCUGGAUUGGUGGACGACAAUACUGGGGAGAAACCUGAAGUCAAAGCCAUCAUGGCCGCCAGCUCCGACUCCGUCCUGUUAGCGGAGAUUGAACGGGCUGUAACGGCAGGUGUGCGGGCUGAAGCUCUGCUUCAAACUGCUGUUCUGUCGUAAACACCAUUAAUGGAGAGUUUAGUGGGUUUGAAUAGAAUAUUUUUGUGGCACCAGUGGAGAAUUAGUUAGCUAACUUUACUAGCUAGCCGAAGUUAUUUCCACGCUAUGAACAAAAGUUUCCAGGACUGGUCACGAUUAUCUCCCCAAACACUACAGUGUACUACAAGUCAAGCCCUUCACUGAAAUGCACUUUUGAGGAGACUACUGACAGUGCUGGGUGGAACCUAAUCCAGCAAAAUCAGAGCUUUACUCUCAAUUCUGGCAGUGUGGUCAAACUGAACUCCAGCUGUGCCACAUCAGGAUCCAGCUCUUGUACUGAAAUUACACUCCAGGGGGUGACGGGGGACUGGGUAGGUAUGUAUGAGUGUGAAUUCACUACGGGCUCAGUCAGGUACACAGCCAGGGCACAACUGAACGUUGCACUCCUGCCUGAUGUGAUCACCAUGGAGACCAGUCCUCUCACAGUAGACUGUUUGCAAAGCCAGACCAGUGUUGACAUCAACAUCUCUGCCACCAUUCAACAAAGUACAGAAACCUAUGGAGUUUGGUGGAGCUAUAGUAAUGAUACAGAGAUGAAUCAACUAUAUAACACAUCUGCUAAUGGUUCCUUGGUCUACACAUUCAUUGGCACAAUCAUUUGCCAGAAAGUCUUUGUUUGUUGUCCGUAUGUUAAUGUGACUUUUAAAAACACAAAAGGGCAAGAGACAAGUGCACAAGUGGAUAUCCCAGUCAUUUAUGGACUGGUCACCAUAUUCUUCCCAGGCACUACAGUGCGCUACAAGUCCAGCCCUUCACUGAAAUGCACUUUUAGGGAGACUCCUGACAGUGCUGGGUGGAACCUGAUCCAGAAUAAUCAGAGCUUUACUCUCAAUUCUGGCAGUGUGGUCAAACUGAACUCCAGCUGUGCCACAUCAGGAACCGGCUCUUGUACUGAAAUUACAAUCCAGGGGGUGACGGGGGACUGGGUAGGUAUGUAUGAGUGUGAAUUCACUACGGGCUCAGUCAGGUACACAGCCAGGGCACAACUGAACGUUGCACUCCUGCCUGAUGUGAUCACCAUGGAGACCAGUCCUCUCACAGUAGACUGUUCGCAAAGCCAAACCAGUGUUGACAUCAACAUCUCUGCCACCAUUCAAGAAAGUACAGAGACCUAUGGAGUUUGGUGGAGCUAUAGUAAUGAUAUAGUGAUGAAUCAACUAUAUAACACAUCUGCUAAUGGUUCCUUGGUCUACACAUUCAUUGGCACAAUCAUUUGCCAGAAAGUCUUUGUUUGUUGUCCGUAUGUUAAUGUGACUUUUAAAAACACAAAAGGGCAAGAGACAAGUGCACAAGUGGAUAUCCCAGUCAUUUAUGAUGGAAGCAUAUUUUGCGAUGGGAUUGUGACAGAUGGGGACGAUUGGCCAAAAACACCUGCUGGAGCCACAGUGACUAUUAACACAUGUGCAGUGGGCAGAGUUGGCUAUAAGUCACGCACUUGUAUUGGCCCCAUAUGGCAGGAUGUCUAUGACAAUUGUAUUAACCAGGAGUUAAACACAGUCCUAAAACAAGCAAACAACUUCCAGAAGGGACUUGGGGAUUCUCUGGAGAUGGCCAUGAAUAUAUUUGAAGGACUAUUCAAGAGCUCUGAAUCUGCUUCCAGUAACAAUAUUGCUGAUAUUAAUGCAUCCAUUGAAGUUCUACGUUUCAUGGCGACUGCAUCAAGCCUUAAUAACAUACCAGAGGAAGUCUUGCCUAAUUUUAUCAACGCAUCAAGCAACCUGCUGCAAAUGACUUGGAAUGUGCCUCCACUUAUUCUUUAUAAUGUGUCAUCAACAUUCCUUCAGUCUGUGGAUGAUCUAGUGAAGAAUAUUAGGGUCAACACAAGCCAAGGAGUUAACAGCACAAACAUAGAUCUUAGAUUUUGUUCCAGUAGUAAAUGUACUUUGUCUGUGUUCAACGUUGGUGUGGAAAUGAUUAUAAGCAACGGAAUACUGAAAACUGCUGCUGUGAGAAAUCUAACAAAUAAACUACGGAACAACUACAACCAUACAAAACCCUCCAAGCUCUUGCUAUCAGCUACACUGCAGGACAACAAUGAUUCAUCUACAAAUAUUAUACUGGACUUCCCUGAUGACUGGCAGACCUAUUCCAAACCUUUGUGUGUCUUUUGGAACACCACAGAGGAGGACUGGUCACCUGCAGGAUGUACGGCCUACAAUAACGACAACGGUCGUACAAUGUGUGUGUGCAACCACCUGACUCCCUUUUCUGUGCUUGUGUCUAAAGAUGAGAUAUCUGCAUAUAGUAGCAUUCUAGAUAUCAUCACCAAUGUGGGCUUGAGUGUGUCCAUCUUCUCCCUGCUGGUCUUCCUCACUAUUGAGUGUCUCGUCUGGUCGGCUGUAGUCAAGACCAACCUUGCACAUUUUCGUCACACAGCUAUGGUGAACAUCGCCGUGUUUCUCCUCCUCGCUGACAUCAGUAUGUUGGCUUCUACACGUCCCAGCAGCCUGCCAGACAGCUGGUGUUUCUUUUUGACUAUAUGUAAACACCUGUUUUAUUUGGCCAUGUUUUGCUGGAUGCUGUGUCUGUGCAUCAUGCUCGUUCAUCAGCUCAUAUUUGUCUUUAGUCCACUGAGGAAAAGAGUUUUUAUGUUUGUCUCCAGCAUUGUGGGCUACGCUCUCCCUGUCCUAAUAGUGGGAUCCAGCUAUGUGUACUGCAAGUACACAAACAUCCCCUACUAUAAUGUGACAACGUGCUGGCUAGCCUAUGAAAGCCUCUUUGUAGGCUCCAUACAAUCCUUCCUCUUACCUGUAGGAACAAUUAUUUUCAUAAAUAUCCUUUCUAUGUUGGUUGUUAUUGUAACUAUGGUAAAUUCACAAGUUGUAGACGCCAGCAAAGCAGAUGACAUGAACACAGCCAAAGGCAUUGUGAAGGGCCUUGCAGUUCUAACCCCUGUCUCUGGAGUGACAUGGAUUAUUGGCUUUUUACAGCUAAUGUUAGAUGAGGAGACACCAACGUUUGUUGCUGUUGAAUUUCUUUUCACCAUCCUCAAUUCCUUUCAGGGCAUUUGUAUUUUGGUAACAGUACAUUUUAAAGAAGAAAAGGUUUGGCAGAAGCUAUCUAAAAUUGUAAAUGUAACGUUUAGAGGAAAAAGCUGCAACAACACUGAAAUCCCUUUGGAAGAAAAAAGCAGCACAACAAAUAAAGCAUAAGUUGCUGCUGAAUUUGAAAAAGACCCCCUGUCAAGCCUGGGUGUUUGUGGACAAUGUUCAGUGGUCUUCAGUGAUGAAGGAUGGUGGAAGAUCACGGUGGAGGUGGAGGAGGUCUACUUUCCAAUUGUGACUAUCUGUCUGUCAGGUAGUCCAUGAGUACGAAGUUUGCACUAUAAAACUGACUCGUGCCAUUUUGUUUAGCUUUUUGUUUCAUAUUGAUCUCAGUCUACAAAUGUUAAUAAUAACUUGAUGUUGCUAGAGUUUAGGUUGUGGAGAUGAAAAGUCAAACAUACACACAUAGACCACUACCUGAAACUCUCACAAGAAGACAUAUCGAAGUUUGCAUUGUGUUAACAUAAACAUGUAGAUGUUACAGUUAAACAAGCUUUAUAUACCAUUCCCACAGUUCUUUGCAGAUAUUGUUUACAGCAUAUUACUAUUAGUAAUGGAUUAUUCAUUUUUAAGAUGUACAGUUUUAUUUUUUCAUGGUGUUCAUUGGAGUAUAAUCCAAUGUUUAAAUAUGGUCUAUGGUCUGAUUGAAUUUAAAUAAAUAGUUUCACAUGAUGUUGUGUAUUUUUUAAGGACA